UGUCAGUCACGACAAUUUUGUUUACAAACAAAUAACAUUGGAAUUUUUGUUUUGAUAUUUUCAAAGUUAUUAUUAAUUUUUUAAAUAUAAAAUAAAAAUUAUGUACCAAUAAAUCGAAAAUUUGAAAAAAAAAAUGACUUCAAAUAAUGACUUAAGUCAUCACAAGCAACAAGAAUAUUGCACAACUCGUCCCAGAUACAGACAAGGAAAGAAAUUAACUGCUGUUAAGGUCUAUACAAUCGCCAGUGAAUCUAUUCACUUGCUUGUGUUUGGUGUUCCAAAAGUCAACUUACAAAGCGACGUUAGACGAACUUUUUUAAGACACGGACCAAUACAAUUUAUACGAUGUGUUACAAAGGAAAUUGGAGAGAAAAUGGAAUUGGAAAUAUUUACGGAUGUUUUUCAUAUAAAAUUUGAAAAACUUGAACAUGCAAGACGAGCAAAACGUUUCCUAGAUGCUCAACAAUUCUACGGUGGCAUUUUGCAUAUAUCCUAUGCCCCAGAGUAUGAAAGUGGUGAUGAAAUUCGUGCCAAAUUAGCAAAGCGUAGAAUGGAAGUUAAUUAUCAUGUAAGAAAAAACCAAAGGGAUUUAGAAGAACAUCAGGCGGGGGUUAAAAAUCAAAAUAGCUAAUAUUUGUUUUUAUUUUGUAGUAAAUUUGUUAAAAUUUUAACAACUAAAUAAAUUAAAUGUUAAAAUGUUUUCUAAUUCUA